CAGAGGAAGGAGCCUCCCUGCGCGAUGAUUGGCCGUGGGGCGUUCCCUCGGCUGUGAUUGGCCCGCGGGGACAUCUGGGGCGCGCGCGGGAGCCAGCUUUCAAAGUCGGGCGGCGGCGGCGCGCAGCGCCCGGGCAUCAUGGAGGCGCUGCGGGCCCUGGGCAGCGGCCUGCAGCCCUGGUGCCCGCUGGACCUGAGCCCGGAAUGGGUGGACACCGUGUGGGAAUUGGACUUCACCGAAACGGAGCCUUUGGAUGCCAACAUCGAAGCAGAGAUCAUUGAGACUGGGUUAAAUGCAUUCACAAAACUGUAUGAAAGUCUUUUGCCCUUUGCCACUGAAGAGCACAGGUCCACAGAGAGCAUUUGGACCUUCUUCAUUGAGAACAAUAUCUCCCACAAUGCUUUGGUGGCAUUAUUCUAUCACUUUGUUCAAACAGUCCAUACGAAAAGUGCCAGUGUGCAGUACCGCGAGUAUGGCCUUCAUGCUGCUGGGCUUUAUUUCUUGCUGCUAGAAGUACCAGGCAGUAUAGCCAAUCAAAUUUUCCACCCGGUGAUGUUUGACAAGUGCAUUCAGAUUCUAAAGAAGAGCUGGCCUCAAGACUUUAAUUCAAGUCGGAAAAGAAAGAAAGAACAGCCUAAAAGCUCUCAGACUAAUCCAAGGGGAAGCCGAAAAAGAGGAAAACCACUCAGGAAAGAGGACAUUGAGAUGGAUGAAACUAUAAAAGAAGAAGAAGAUGAGGAGAAUAUUUGUUUUUCUGCACGGGACCUUUCACAAAUUCGAAAUGCCAUUUUUGACCUUCUAAAUAAUUUUUUGAGGCUCCUUCCCAAGUUUUCCCUGAAGGAAAAGCCACAAUGUAUACAGAAUUGUGUAGAGGUUUUUGUUGCAUUAACUAAUUUCGAGCCAGUUCUCCAUGAAUUUUGUGUUACUCAAGCCAGAAGCCUCCACCUAGCAAAGUCUGUUCCAGAGCUGGCCUAUCAUGGAUUGUAUUUGCUGUGCUCCCCAGUCCAUGGAGGAGAUAUGGUUAUCCGUUGUGUCUUUCAACAAAUGCUAAACGUAAUAUUAAUGUUAGAGCAAGGUGAAAAGUCUCAUCGUGCUCCCCUUACCGUUACUUCCCAAGUCAUCAAUCGAAGAAACCACGCCGUCCAGUUUAUCAGCUCACUUGUGGAUGAACUGAAGGAAAGUGUAUUCCCGCUGCUUCGUAUCUUACUGCAGCACAUCUGUGCCAAGGUGAUUGAUAAAUCAGAGAAUCGGACCUCUGCAGCCCAAGCCCUGGUCCAGCUGCUCAGUAAACUGCCUUGCGAGGAAUAUGCUACAUUUAUUGCCUGGCUUUACAAAUAUUCGCGAAGUUCCAAGAUCCAACACCGAGUUUUUACCCUUGAUGUUGUCUUAGCUGUUUUAGAGCUGCCUGAGAGAGAGGCAGAUAAUACUGUCCCCUUGGAGCAUCAGAAGUACCUCAAGCAUAAGUUCUUGGUUCAGGAAAUCAUGUUUGAGCGCUGUUCAGACAAGGCGCCGACUGUCCGCAGCAAAGCACUGUCCAGCUUCGCACACUGCCUGGAGCAGUCUGUGGCCAGCAUGUCGGAGAGUUUGCAAGAACUCAUGAUUAGCAGUUCUACAGAUAUAGGAACAGAGUGUCACCCCGGCACCUUGCUGAGAAAUUCAUCAGUUUUUUCUUCUCAAAGGCAGCUCCUUAACCCUUCUCAUCCCUCCGAGGAGACCAGCGUGAGUGGCAGUGGUGAACCUGUUGGAUCCAGGGAGAGAUGCAUCAUGGCCAUGCUGAGGAAGAGAAUCAAGGAUGAUAAGACCAAUGUGAGGAAAUCUGCGCUCCAGGUGUUAGUGUGUAUUUUGAAACACUGCGACGUCUUAAAUAUGGAAAAAGACCUGUCAGUUCUGCAGGACCAUUGCAGGGACCCUGCAGUGUCUGUCCGGAAGCAGGCUCUCCAGUCCCUUACUGAACUUCUCAUGGCCCAACCAAGAUGUGUCCAGAUCCAGAAAACCUGGCUGCUGGGCGUCAUCCCCGUGGUGAUGGACUCGGAGAGCACUGUGCAGGAGAAGGCCCUGGAAUGCCUUGACCAGAUCCUGCUGCAGAAUAUUAAACAUCACAGUGAAUUUCACAGUGGGGACAACGGCCAGGUGCUCGUGUGGGCACUUCUUGGCCUCCUCACGACAGAAAGCCGGGAACUGAGCCGCUAUUUAAAUAAGGCUUUUCACAUCUGGUCCAAGAAAGAUAAAUUCUCUCCCAGUUUCAUCAACAACAUGGUCUCUCACACUGACACAAAACAUUCUGCACCAGCCUGGAUGCUGCUCUCCAAAAUUGCCUGCUCGUCACCCAAGUUGGACCACACCAAGAUAAUUCAGUCGUGGGAGAAGAUCAGCAGUCAACAGAAUCCUCGUGCAGACACCUUAGGACACAUUCUAUGUGUCAUUGGGCAUAUUGCAAAACAUCUGCCUAAGGUUACCCGGGACAAGGUGACUGGUGUGAUCAAAUGUAAGCUGAAUGGAUUUCAGUGGUCUCUGGAGUCGAUCAGUUCGGCUGUUGAUACCUUACAAAGGCUCUGUAAAGCAUCUGCAAAGACAUUGAUGGAAGAACAUGACCUGCUCAAGCAGGUGUGCGGGGACGUGCUGCUUACCUGUGAGCGCCACCUCUCCAACGUCAUCCUGAAGGAGCAUGGAGCAGAGACUGUGGACGAGGACUUGUUGGUAAAGUACAUUUUUACUUUAGGGGACAUAGCCCAGUUGUGUCCAGCGAGCGUGGAGGAUCGAGUUUUCCUCAUGAUCCAGUCUAUCCUGGCUUCCUCUGCUGACACAGACCACGGCACCCAGCCGCCCUCCCAGGUCAGAGGCUCCGCCAUGCCAUGUGUGAUUAGAGCUCACGCUGUCAUUACCUUAGGGAAGCUGUGCCUGCAGAAUGAGGACCUUGCUAAGAAGAGCAUCCCAGCCCUUGUCCGAGAGCUUGAGAUGUGUGAAGACGUGGCUGUCCGCAAUAAUGUCAUCAUUGUCCUGUGUGACCUGUGCAUCCGGUAUACGGUCAUGGUGGACAAGUACAUUCCUAACAUAGCCAUGUGUCUGAAGGACCCAGAUCCUUUCAUCCGGAGGCAGACACUCAUCUUGCUCACCAACCUCUUACAGGAAGAAUUUGUCAAAUGGAAGGGCUCUCUGUUCUUUAGGUUUGUCGGUACUCUGAUCGAUUCACACCCAGACAUUGCCAGCCUUGGAGAGUUUUGCCUGGCACACCUGUUACUGAAGAGGAACCCUGUCAUGUUCUUCCAGCACUUCAUUGAGUGCAUAUUCCACUUCAACAACUAUGAGAAACAUGACAAAUAUAACAAAUUCCCGCAGUCAGAGAGAGAGAAGCAGCUGUUUUCACUGAAGGGAAAGACAAACAGAGAGAAACGGAUGAAAAUCUACAAGUUUCUCCUGGAGUACUUCACAGAUGAACAGCGAUUCAACAUUACUUCUAAAAUCUGCCUGGAUGUGUUGGUGUACUUCGCCGAUGGCAUCCUCCCUCUGGACAUGGAAGGAAGUGAGCUGCUGACAGACACGUUCGAGGUCCUCAGCUCCAAGGAAAUCAAGCUCCUGGCCAUGAGGUCUAAACCAGAUAAGGACCUGCUCAUGGAAGAUGAUGACAUGGCCCUGGCAAAUGCAGUCAUGCAGGAGGCCCAGAAGAAGCUCAUCUCCCAAGUUCAGAAGAGGAAUUUCAUAGAAAAUAUCAUUCCAGUUAUCAUCACCUUGAAGACUUUGCUGGAGAAAAACAAGAUCCCAGCUCUGAGGGAACUCAUGAACUAUCUGAUGGAGGUGAUGCAGGAUUACCGCGAUGAAAUCAAGGACUUGUUCGCUGUGGACAAGCAGCUGGCGUCAGAACUGGAGUACGACAUGAAGAAGUACAACGAGCAGCUGGCCCAGGAGCAAGAGCAGGCCAGACUGGCGGGCGGGACUCGGACAACAAAUGGUGUCGAUGGGGCCUCAGUGGUGCAGGCUGCUCCAGGCUCAGAAAUAACACCAGCUCCUGCUGGCCAAGAAAAUCCUUCUGUGUCCCCUGCGGUGUGCCAGCCUUCAACUCCCAGGCCAAGUUCUGGCCAUGCUGCAACCUUGCCUCCUGCAUCAGAGGGUCGGCCCUUGAGGAUGCUGAUGCCCAAAGCCAGGCCCAUGUCCCAUAGCACAAUUGCCAUCCUGAAUUCUGUCAAGAAAGCCAUGGAAUCAAAGAACAGGAACCAGAACCGGAGCUUGGAGGUUGUGCCUUUCACUUUAAAUUCCAAAAGCCCAGACAAAACGCGCCAUCGUGCGCCUUCAUUCAGUUUGGAGCAAGUGUCCAGUGGGGCUAUUGACGACGUUGCUAAACGGGCCAUCAGCACCCCUGAGAACACCAUCAAUGAGGUCACGUUUGGAGCAGGGGUCAGCUACAUAGGGACACCGCGCACCCCUUUUCCAAACAAUGAGAAAGUUGAAAUGCAGAGUCAAGGAAAUGACAUUUUAUGUUUAUCAUUGCCGGAUAAACCGCUUCCACAGCCUCAGCAAUGGAAUGUGCAGUCUCCAGCCAGGAAUAAAGAUAACCCACCCCCGAGCAGGAGGUCCCUGCGAAAGCCCCCCCUGAAAACAGCCAACUGAAGCAGUGUGCUCCAGCGGGGUCCAAGGAGGCAAGGGCUCGACACUCUUCCCCUCUUCCUCUUUUUCCUGUUGUAUGACAUACAAACACUGCAGCUCACCCCUGUGGCCAGGCAGACCCCACCACCGGGACCCAACAGCAAGUUCAGCACAGCCUGCCAGCCUCUCGGCCCGGCUCCAGCAGUCGCUGCCGACACCUGGGGCCUUUCAAACCACAGGGUUUUGAAAGCUCAUCAUCCGUGAACUCCAUGAGCAUCUGUGCCCAGCACCUCGGUGACCAGGCCAGCUUGACAGGCUGCACUGUCUUGAGUUAUGACAGCAGCCCAGCAGCAGUCAGGGAGGAUGGGGAAACACUGCUGGGCUCUGCAUGUGGGCAGACAGACGGAGCCCUGCGUGCCUGGGGCGCUCCCCUGGCUCCUCCCUGAGCGUGCCCUCAGCUGGCAACUGUGUGGCUCAAAAUAUGGGAAAUAACAGGGAACACCGAAUCAAUUUUUAUCCUGAACUUCAACUAUUUAAUUUUAUAACUGUGUCCCAUUUGAAAAGUGUCAAGUCCAUUCCGAUAAGCCAUAAUCUAAUCUUUAAAGAACACAACUCAAAAACGUCAGCUUUUAUAUAAGCCAAGCCUCUUCUGGCUUGUUUGAAUUCCUUUUAGUACAUAUUUUCCCACAGUUGGUGAUAAAAUAUUGACUGAAAUAUUUUUUCUAUUAUUUAUAAUUGCAGAUUUGUGGAAGUGUACAGUUUUCUAAAAUGAAUUAAUAAAGAGCAUAAAUCCCA